AUGUUCUUCCUCCAUAACCUCGAGCGGCGGGUUACCCUGCAUCCAUCCUAUUUCGGCAGGAACAUGCACGAACUUGUCACGACCAAAUUGGUCAAGGACGUGGAAGGGACGUGUGCCGGUGAUUACUACAUCAUUGCCAUCAUGGAUGCGUUCGACGUUAGCGAGGGUCGCAUCCUCCCCGGAAACGGCCUGGCCGAGUUCACUGUGAAGUACCGUGCUGUGGUUUGGAGGCCGUUCAAAGGCGAAGUGGUGGAUGCUAUUGUCUUUUCCAUCAAUCCUCACGGCUUCUUCUGCCAAGCUGGCCCGCUCUCCAUCUUCGUUUCAUCUCACCUGAUGCCCGAAGAAAUCCACUUCGACCCCAACGCGACGCCUCCUCAGUUUACCAAUAACGCUGAUAUGGUCAUUGAGCCCGGUACGCAUGUGCGCGUCAAGAUCGGUGGCCUGAGAACGGAAUUGGGUGAGAUGUAUGCCAUUGGCAGCAUCAACGGAGAUUUCCUUGGGUGUCUGCAAGCAUAA